AUGGCGUCACUAGAUUUGCUUACCGCCGCUGGCUUCCGCAAAGACGGACGGAUGCUGGACCAGCACCGCCGCGUGAAGGCGGAAAUGGGGUCCUUCGGCGCCAACGGCGGUGCCACGUAUCAGUGCGGGAAAACUAUGGUCAUGGCGCAAGUUAUGGAGGACGAACAAGUACCGUGCGCGAGCCCACAGUUAGUGGUUUCGUUGUCGUGGGCGCCGUUUGCUUUCCCCGAACGGCGGUUGCAGCGGCAGAACCGUUUAUCGUCUACGUACGAAAAGGCGUUGAAGGAUACGUUUGAGCCGGUGUUGCAGAACAAGACGAACCCGGCAGCGGCGAUAAACGUGCAGUUGACAGUGCUGUGUGCUGAUGGUGGGACCUUGGCGGCGUGCGUGAAUGCGACAACGUUGGCGUUGACACGGAGCGGCUAUGCGUUGGACGAUUUAGUGAUAGCGAGCACGGUCGCCCUGGCGGACGAGUAUCUGUUUGUGGAUCCGACACAUUACGAGUUGAUUAAAAAGGACUGUGACCUAACUGUGGCGUGCUUGUCGCGAACUAAAGAAGUUGCACUAAUGUCGUCAGAGUGCAAGACCAAAGUUGAUAACCUAGCACUCAUGCUCGAGACCGCUACGGAGUCUUCCAUACGCGACGUCCUGCCCGUCGUCGUCGCAGCACAGGAGGCACACGCACAACGAGUCUCCAUUCUGCGCACCCUCGUCAGCGAACGCCUCAUCGCGUCCGUGUGA